CAUCUUUCUGAUGAGUUACGUGUUAUAGAAUGGCAUGGUUAUCCUUUAAAUUCCUUGCCAACCAAUUUUAAAUCAAAUAAACUUGUUGAACUCAGAAUGCAUUGUAGCCUCAUCAAACAACUAUGGAAAGGAAUUAUGAAUUUGGAUGAGUUAAAGCUCAUUGACCUAAGUGACUCUCAAACCUUGAUUGAAAUCCCGGACCUUAGUGGAGCUCCAAAUCUUAAGAAAUUGAUUCUUCGACGUUGUACAAGACUAUAUAAGAUUCAUGCAUCUCUUGGAAAUCUCAAACGGCUUAUUCAAUUGGAUCUGAAUGGUUGCAAAUGUCUUGAAAGCCUUCCUCAUAAGAUCAACUUGGAAGCUCUUGAAAUUUUGGAUCUUGGUGGUUGUUCAAGACUGAAUAAGUUUCCAAAGAUUGUGGGAAAUAUGCUACAUUUGUCGAAACUUAAUUUGAGUGAGACUGCCAUAAAAGAUCUAUCAUUUUUAGUGGAACAUUCAAUUGACCAUAUAAAAUUGGAUCUAGGACACAGCAAGAAUCUUUCUAGUCUUCCCGAUACUACUUGUAGUUUGUCAUCUCUAAAAAGUCUCACAUUAUCUGGCUGCUCAAAACUUCAUGGAUUGCCAGAGAACUUGGGAAAUAUUAAAGGGCUAGAGAAGCUAGAUGUGAGUAGAACUGCAAUAAGAAGGCUACCUUCCUCCAUUGUUCUCUUAAAAAAUCUCAGAGAACUCUCUUUAUCAGGUUGUGAGGGGCUAUUAUCUAAAUCAUCGAAUAAGCUCUUCAGUUUUCCUUUAAUGCAACCAAGAAGCCCAGAUUCAAUGGGCAUGUUAGUGCGUACUUUAUCAGGCAUACAAUCUUUGACUGAACUUGAUCUAAGUUAUUGCAAUAUUAGGGCAAUACCUUAUGAUAUUAGUUGUUUGUCCACUUUAAGAAUAUUAAAUCUAAGGGGAAAUAAUUUUGAUUGCCUUCCUAAAAGUAUCAUUCAACUAUCUAAUUUGAACUAUCUUUUUAUGAGUGGUUGCACGAAUCUUAGAUUGUUGCCAGAGCUUCCAUUAAAUAUUGAGUAUAUUGAUGCUGAAGGUUGUAUCUCUUUGGAAACAUUACCAGCAAGACCAGAAGAUAAUUUUCCAUAUCUCUGUCUUCUCAAUUGCGUCAAAUUGAUUGACAAUGAAGGCUACGAUAAUCUUUUCUUAACAAUGCUAAGACAUGAUUUCUUUGAGAGACCAGAUUAUGAUUGGAUUUGUGUCCUUAUUCCUGGAAAUAAUAUUCCAAAAUGGUUUAGCCAUCAAAGUGAGGGGGCUUCACUGAAUCUGCAAGGGCCUUCAGAUUUUCUCGGAAUCGCUGUGUGCGUUGUUUAUGUUCUUCACCAACAUCCUUCUGAAGUUUUAAAAAUUCAUAGAUGGAUUACUUGCCACUUCUGUUUCAAAGAAUAUGAACAUUCUCAUGGCUGCGGCAUUGGUUUUACUGAAAAAUUUGAUUGAGCUUAGAUUUGAAUCCGAAGGUCCAGGCUUGGAAAUCGUGAAAUGCGGGGCUCAUUUGGUAUACACUGAAGAUCUAAACCAAACUAUGGCUGUGUGCAGCAACUGCAACAUCACUCCAUAUGAGGCUAAUUUUGAAGAUUCAGUAAAAAUUACUAAAAUGAAGCGAAGUAGUGAUAACUAUGAUGGGGAUGAGGCUGGACCAAGUGGAGAAGGUAUCCCUAGUGAUGUAGACGUACCACACCCAAAAAGGAUAAAGCUCCCUAAUCUAAUUGAAAGAUUCAUUCCACAUUUGGGAAAUUUGAUUGGGAAUUUAAGCACACAAGUAAAAGGUGACUCUGAUUGCAAGGAAGAGGAAUCUAGUGAUAUUGGUAGCUUUCAUGAAUGAAUUUUUUGUGAAGGUGCUUGUUUCUAAUUUCAUUGCAAUUCUGAAUUUAUUUUUUUGGAUACCACAACAGAAGGUUUAAGCAGAAACAGAGGAACCAAACUAAGGCUCCAUCAAGUGCAUACAAAAUAACGAAGCUUGCUUAGCCCAAUUUUUGGCAGUACCCAAGAUAAUGCUUCAGCCCCAAGCCAUGUCUUCAAUUAUCACUGACAAGGCAUAUCUAGAAGUGGACAAUGUUGCAUAUGGAGGCCGUCCUUGCUAUUAUUUGGGAAUAAAGAAAAAUUAAAUGUGAUAUAAUUUGCUGAAGAACCCCUUUUACUGUUUUUUUAAGUUGAGGAUUCUUUUCAUGUUUGCUGCUUUGUUUGAUAACAUUAUUAUGGUAUGUUUGGUUGGAGUGAACAAUUGGUGGAUGGAAAAUAAAGGAUAGAGAAGUGGGGAGAAAAUGAUUGAGUAGUUGUUUAAUUGGGAAGGAAAGGGAAAAAGAAAACUGGUGAAGCCCGGGUGUUUUCUCCCCGGGCCCACCAAAAUUUAGUCUUCCCAAUUUGGGAAGAUUAUAGAGAGAAAACAAGCUUUCCUUGUUGCUUUUGAACAAAUAUACCCCCUAACAAAACUGGACGUUUGGACCUUUUGGCUUU